AAUCGAUACAACCCUCCCGAACGUCAGCGAAUCAGCGGACACUGUUUGUCAGUUUCAGGCCUCAUUGUCAUGUUGGCUACCGACGUGAGAUAUAUAAAUAUAUUUUAUAAGAAUAAUGUUUGCAUAUAGUCUUAUAAUUGCCAUUAUAAUUGCCAUAAUUACUCUACAUGAGUUCAUGGAGCCGUUGUUACCCCAUACAACGUCACCUCACAGUAUGGGGGAAGGCCUGCAGUGGUAACACUGUCCGGUUCAGUAUGACGUUUUCGUGUUAAGCUUGACCCGAGAAGAGCGAGAAUUGGAAUUAUUUAUACACCGACUUUGAGACUUUUAUGGGAACAAAAUGGACAGCAAAAGAAAUGAAUCGGUUUCUUCUCUCGUCAAAUACUUCGGGGAAAAUACGAGCAUGCAUGGGGUGUCCAGGUUUGCAGGAAACCAGGGCUUCUUCAGGAGAUCAUUCUGGGUUCUGGCGGUGUUAGCUGGUGCUGGGGUUGCAGCGUACAACAUUUGGACGAUUUUCCUCGCCUUCAGGACGUGGGAGGUGUCGACAGUAGUCAGUCUGGUGUACAACGCCAAGCUUCGUUUCCCUUCCAUCACCAUAUGUAACAUCAAUGCCGUGAAGAAAUCACAGCUAAUCAAUUUGACGGGAGACAAGACCACGGAGAAUCCAAGGUUGCCUCGGAACAAUUCACUUGUAUCGAGAGCCGAAGUGGGUAGCUCCGGCGUCACCGACGCCAUUAACACCGACGACUCGGCGUUCAGUGGUGACUACAGAGCAGCAGUCAACACGCAAGAAGCGGCUUUAAACUUGACAACAGCAGAAAAAAGACAGAUCGGACACCAGAUAGAGGACAUGCUCUUCGGAUGUACCUAUCAGGGAAAAACAUGUACAUCAGAGAAUUUCACCAGGUUCUACAACUACAUGCACGGCAACUGCUACGACUUCACACCUACUGCGAAGGACUACAUGUACUCAACCAAGACAGGGCCCUUAUAUGGGCUGUCUCUCAUGCUGAACGCGGAGGAAGACGAAUAUGUGCAGUCUCUAACCAACAGCGUCGGGUUCAAGGUCUCCGUCCAUAACCAUUUCGCCAUGCCCUUCCCUGAAGACGAUGGUUUCGACAUCUCCCCUGGAUUUGCAACAUCUGUUGGUGUGCGUAAGGUGGUUGUUCAGCGCACUCCGGCCCCUUACGGCAACUGUGACAUCCAUGAGAAAGGCGGGCCCUCAACAUAUACUCCACCCAGCUAGAAAACAUCUCCUACAGUGACAAGGCUUGCGAGAGGUCGUGUCUUCAGGAACUGCUGGUGAACCGUUGCGGAUGCUGCGAUGUGACGUUGCCGUGUGAUGCCGCGGCUCUCGG